AUGGGGCACUUGGCUUGGGCAUUUGGAGAUGCACACGAGGAGAAUUCCAAGACUUGUGUUGGUAGGUAUGAAAACCCAGAGUGUCCGUUCUUCCCUGAUGAUUUACCAUCCCCAUUGGCUCCUCCUCCUGACCACACACAGGUGUUGUAUCCUAAAGCUGCAUCUAUCAACAUAAAUAAGACCAUAUGGAAUAUGUACAUCAACAAGCUGCUGCCGCUAUUCACGGCCGAGGGUGAUGAUGGCAACUAUGCGUCAACGGCAACGUGUGAUCUCGCAUGUUUGCAGGCUAUCUCUAGAAGGAUUCAUUAUGGAAUGUAUGUUGCCGAAAUCAAAUUCAGAGAUUGCCCACAGGAGUAUGGGCCUGCUGUCUGUGCUCAGAACAGGGAUGCUCUGAUGAAAAUGUUGACAUUUGAGAACGAAGAAAUGGUGAAGAGAAGGGUGGAGAAGAAGGCGAAGGUGUUUGGGCAAGAAGUGAGCCUCGAUGACAAAGCCGAUAAGGCCAAGUGCUUUUGAAUCUGCAGAAAUGCACACCUUAGCAGAGAGUUUGAGUAGGUAAAUUCAGUGCCACUUAGAUGAAAACAAGGCAAUUUUGUUAAACUUCUCUUGUUUUUU